AUGACCUAUUCAAAGAUUGCGUGCUCUCUGGGAAAGCGGGGCAUCGCUCGGGCGCCCAAUCAGGCGUCUUCUUUUUUCCUUUUACUUUUUCUUUUCGCCAAGUUCUCUCAGCAGCUUUCGCCGUCACCUUGUCUUGCUUCCUCCGGUGUGGCGAAGUCACGUGGACCAGCUUCGACUGACCGCCCCUGCUCUGCCAGCAUGGCCGAGGCGGUCCUGGACCUGUUGGCGGACUGUUCACCGACGGCUUCCGUCCCGGUCGCAGCGAACGCUCCCAGCUGUGCUGGCGUCGCUGCCUCAGCUGGUGCGCAGGGAGCCUCACCGAGCUCUCAGGUCUCGCCGCAGGCCUAA